AUGAACAAACUCAAAGAUCUUUUUCAUGACGAGCAAUAUAUAUUUGCUUCGAUUUUAACACCAGUUUCUGUGAUUAUCCUUCUUUAUUUUCUAUUCACGCCCUAUCACAAAUACUUAUCUUCUAACAAUCCUAUUUGCAAUAAUCAAGAUGUAUCUGCUUCAAUCUCAACACAAGCUCCUGUAAUUAACACUAUUUGCAAUGAUCAAGAUGUAUCCGCUUCAACCUCAACACAAGCUUCUUUUCCUAAAGUGAUAACUGACAGCAAUUCAUUUAAUAAUGAAUCAAAUGGACCAGAUGAUCCAUCUGAUUCAGUGGAAUUGAUUUCGGGACUUACCUUUCCCAACUGGAAAGAAUUCAAGAUUUGGUUGAAUGGAUUUGCAUUAAAGAAUGGAUUUAGUUAUAAAGUUAAAACAAGUGAAAUAACUAAUGGUGUAAUGAAAAGAGCUACUUAUGAAUGUACUAAAUCUGGUUUACACGCUCCGCAAGUUACAUCAGACCCAACAAAAAGGCAUAACAUAUACUCUCAACGGAUACAAUGCCAGUAG